GUUGGCGGUUGGGUUGGCAACACUAGCGGGAAGCACUCGUAGUAUUAUUUUCAUCGCUGAUUCGUGAAUUUCAUUUCACGAUAUUUGUAAUCGACUCGACGACGGUCUGCACAUAAAGUAAACUUUCGAACGUUAUCACUUAGCACGUUGUCGUUGUACCGGUAACAUUGUGUGAUUCAGUGAUAAAAAAAAGCUUCGACUUGACGCGAGCUCGUUUCCAAUACGACUUUUUCUCCUUUUCAAAAUACUCAGGUAUCGUUGCCUCGCGCCUCAUUCCAGUCGAGUUGAAGCUUCCAUUUGAAUCGUGCGUCUAGUAUGCGAGACUGUUGUAAUAACGUGCUCACGGUAAAUACGGAAGAUGUCAUUUACAAGGAAGUUGUCGUUAUAGGUAACGGUCCCUCUGGAAUCAUAUUAUCGUACAUAUUAUCCGGUAAUUGGCCGUAUUAUAAUGGAGGAAAGCAUCCUGAUGAAAUGCUCACAGCCAGAUUACAGUAUAUGCCACAAGAUAAAUCUCUAUUGGAACAAGACUUAGAUAUGCUAUCUCAGGGAUUAGAAGGACGUUCACGUAAUCCUGUGUCUGUCCUGGUCGAUAAUCUGAAUCAUCCUUUUGACGAUCAAGAUCUAACAAACAAUGACAGAUGCCUGAUUGAAUGGAAACAUAAUUCGUCUUGUAUCGAUCAUGUGAUUAUUGGUAAAGGGAAACCAGGUGGAUCUUGGCAAGCUCUAGAUGGAGAAACGACUACAAUUAGUAUUAGCUCGUGGAUGGAGUUACCAAAAUUACCAUUCUAUGAAUGGGAAUCAAUGCAACAGAAUGAUAUCAAAUGCAAUUGUAAUAAUUACCGAAUGCCUAAACGAGUGAAAAUCAAGCACGUCGCUCAGUAUUACAACGACUACGUUGAACACAUGAGACUGUCGAAGAAUUUUAGGAAUUUUUCUUUCAUCACAUCGUUGAAAAGGAUCAAAAGCAAGAGUUGUUACAAAAAUAUGUUACGCGAUAAUAUCAACUUGGAGAACAUGAAUUGGGAAGUCGAAGGUUACGACGGUGUUAAGAACACUUGCUUCAAGUAUAUUUGUCGAUAUGUGGUGCUAGCAACCGGUACCAGUGAUAUUCAUAAUACUCUAAACGUUCCCGGCGAACUAAGUAAUCCAGAUUGGGUAUUCCACGACUUGAAACCUUUCGAAUCAGCUAUGGCUAAUUUAACCGAGAGUAAUCAAUGCAAAGCUCAUUUAGUCCCAGUUCUCGUCAUCGGUUCGGGAUUAAGCGCCGCUGACGCUGUUUUAGCCGCUGUUCGACGAGGUAUCCCUGUAAUCCACGUAUUCAAUAGUCAUACAUCUUUGAACGAGAAUAAAUUCCCUAAACAUAUGUAUCCCGAAUACCAUCUGGUUUAUAAAAUGAUGAAAAACGAAAACCGGCCGGAAAGUUAUACAGCAUUAGCUCAACACAUAGUAUUAAACAUUUGUCGUUCCAUAAAAGGAAAACGUGUCCGGAUCAUGGCUCCAGAUGGACUAUCAUCGUGGUAUAAAGUCUCUUUAAUGGCUGUAAUGGUAGGGUAUCGACCGGAAUUGAAUUUUUUACCUCCUGAAUUCGAUAAUGGAAGAACCUUAGGGUGUUACAAAAGUCAACCUAUCGACAGUAAUAAGAAUCCUAUUGCUGUGAAGCCUUCGACUCACGAAGUAGUUAAUUCACCCAAAGGAUUAUACGCUAUGGGACCUUUGGUUGGUGAUAAUAUCGUUCGAGUGAUUCCAGGAGGAGCGGUCGCCAUAGCUAGCCAUUUAAUCAAAUGCAGAAAAAACGAGACGUGAACGUCACCGUCAAGAAUAUAUUGAUUUUCAACUCUUUUCAUUUAUAAAUAUUUGGCCGAUGCUAAGUGGAAUGUGUAUAUUUCUCACCCAAGUUCGAGAUCAAAUCGAAUACGUUCGGGUGGAAAUGGAAUUUCGUUGUGACGAAUGACGUAGCUGAUUUUAGUUGUUAACAUCGCGAAGAUAAUUGUCAAAAUUUUGAAAGCUAAUAUCAAUUCUAAUUCAAUGAAGUGUCUGAACUCCGUUUAAAGAAAUUAUACGAGAUAAAAAUAUCUUUCAAAUAUCUAUUAUCGUAUAUGACUGCAUUAUACUAUCUAAAGCUAUGGUAUAUUUAUGUAAUUGGAAAUAGUACAAAUAAAUAUUUGGAAAUGGUUGUUCAA